AUGAUAAUCGGUGCCAAAGUUGUUACCAUAGCAACGAAAAGCGACAACACUGAAAACGUCACAUCAACUUUGAUCACUGGAAUGGAGGGCAGCUUCCAAAAUGGAUCUGACGAAGCAAAUAAUCAAAAUCAUAUUAAUGGUAAAAAGUCCUCGAUGUCGUUAAGCGUAACCGGCUUGUGGGAUGUAGUCCCCCGUAUGGAAUACUACAGAAUGAGCAAACGUGCUAAGCGGCCAUCUCUAAGUGAUUUGCACGACGGAAACCCAGUAAAAGAUACCAACGUUGAAGCGGCUAUUGUAAAUCCAGGACAAGCGAUCCAUGCAGGAAUAAAAUUAGGAUGGAUACAAGGGGUAUUGAUUCCUUGCCUUCUUAAUAUAUGGGGUGUUAUGCUAUUUCUUCGGCUAUCCUGGAUCGUUGCACAGGCUGGGAUAUCAUGGUCGCUAUUAAUUAUCGGCAUAUCAGCACUCGUCUGCGUUAUAACAACACUCAGUCUCAGUGCAAUUAGUACUAAUGGCGAAGUAAAGGGAGGAGGAAUUUAUUUCAUUAUUUCAAGAUCGCUAGGCCCGGAAUUCGGAGCGUCUAUUGGGCUAGUUUUCGCAUUUGCGAACGCAGUAGCAGCUUCGAUGAACACAAUCGGUUUUUGUGAAUCAAUGAACGAUUUAUUGAAAAGUCACGAUCUAAAGAUAAUAGACAACGGCGUUAACGAUAUAAGAAUCGUCGGAGCGAUAGCUUUGUUCGUAAUGAUUCUAAUUUGCGCUGUCGGCAUGGAAUGGGAGUCAAAAGCUCAAAAUUUCCUGAUUGCAAUAAUCGUGAUCGCAAUGUUCGACUUUAUGAUCGGCACGAUUAUUGGCCCGCGUGACGAAGUCGCAAAAGCCGAAGGAUUUAUCGGGUUUUCGACAGAAGUCUUCCAGAAAAACUGGAACUCAGACUACCGGCACUUCGAAAACACGACAUACAAUUUCUUCUCGAUCUUCGCGAUAUUUUUCCCGUCGGUGACGGGCAUCCAAGCGGGCGCUAAUAUUUCUGGGGAUUUAAAAGACCCCGCUAAAAGUAUUCCAAUCGGGACUUUAUUGUCUCUGCUAAUUUCCAUGAUUAGCUACGUUGCAUUCGUGUUGUUCGCUGGCGGCGCGGCUCUACGUGAUGCCGGUGGAUUUGUCAACAAUACUAUUGUUAAUUGUACUCCCGGAAUCGACUGUCAGUACGGCCUUCACAAUAGCUUUUCUGUAAUGCAAUUGAUGUCAGUAUGGGGACCAUUUAUAUAUGCUGGAUGCUUCGCAGCGACAUUAUCAACAGCUCUAACGAAUUUAUUAUCAGUACCGCGGCUGAUUCAAGCCCUGGGACGCGACAGAAUUUACCCGGGAUUAAUAUUCUUCAGCAAGGGAUACGGAAAAUCCGGAGAGCCGUACCGGGGCUACGUGUUGACAUUUAUUGUCGCAGCAGUCUUUCUCCUUAUCGCGAAUCUUAAUGCAGUUGCUCCUCUUAUCUCAAACUUCUACUUAGCCUCUUAUGCUUUGAUAAACUUCUGUACCUUCCAUGCUGGCUUGAUUAGACCUCUUGGUUGGAGACCAACAUUCAAGUAUUACAACACGUGGCUGUCGCUCCUGGGUUUUAUCCUCUGCGUAGCGUUUAUGUUUUUAAUUGACUGGGUUACUUCUAUCAUUACACUGGUUGUUAUAUUUGGGCUGUAUUUGAUCGUCGUUUACAGUAAGCCCGAUGUCAAUUGGGGUAGCAGUACUCAAGCGCAAAUUUAUAAAACUGCGCUCUCUGUUGUUUAUCGAUUAAAUGUAACUGAUGAGCAUGUUAAAAAUUACGCACCACAAAUUUUAUGUCUCUCGGGAUUCCCGGAGAAACGUCCUGAUUUAUUGCACCUGGCGAAUCUGAUAACCAAGCAUAAUUCGCUACUUAUUGCCGGAGAAGUUUGCACAGCGUCGAUAUCUUAUCGAGCAAGACUCGCAAGAUUACGCGGUGGGUAUGAAUGGCUGAAUCGCCAUCGGAUCAAGAGUUUUUACCAAGUGAUCAGCAAUUUGAGCUUCGAAAAAGGAGCCUCUGCUUUGAUGCAGGCUGCUGGCGUUGGUAAAUUAGUGCCUAAUGUCGUUUUGAUGGGCUUUAAAACCGACUGGGCUGCUUGUAAUCAUAAAGAUCUCGAGGAGUACUUUAACAUACUUCACACUGCAUUUGAUCAAAAAUUGGCUGUCGCAAUGUUGCGUCUCCCAAACGGAAUAAACACGUCGAACAUUUUGAACCACGUUGAAGAAGAACAAUUGGUACAAAGCAGUUACGAUUUAGCGGGUAACACUCUGAUGCACGCUGACAGCGACUUAUCGAUGAGCAGUCGUAUAACAAGGGUACAAAGUGUACCUGUAAUUGGGUCCCAUUAUUUACCGGGCAGCGAGUCAAGUGGACCUGCUGUCCGCGAAUCCCCGACAAAUUUAAGCGCUCGAGAUCAGCUUAGGAAUAAAAAGAAACAUAUUGCUGAUAAAUUGUUGUAUGAAAAAAGGAAUGGAAUAUUAACAGAACCCCAAAUGAUAACUGUUUUUGAAAAAAAACACAAGAAUGGAGUUAUUGAUGUUUGGUGGCUCUAUGACGAUGGAGGAUUAACGAUAUUGUUGCCAUAUAUUAUAAGUACAAGAUCUAAUUGGGAGCAUUGCAAAAUGCGAAUAUUUGCCUUAGCUAAUCAUAAACAGGAAAGCUCGGCUGAAGAAAAAGAAAUGGCAGAAAUAAUGGCCAAAUUCCGUAUCAAGUACACAAGUUUAAAAAUAGUGGACGACAUAAGUGUUCCACCUAAACAAGAAACGCAAGAUUUCUUCGACAAACUCAUAACUGAUUUCAGAAGACAAGACGAUAAUGACACAACAGACUGCGUGAUAACGGACCUAGAAUUACAAACAUUAAAAGACAAAACAAAUCGGCAGUUGCGUCUCAGAGAGCUGCUGCUGGAAAACUCUAGCAAGUCAACUCUUGUUGUAAUGUCCUUACCGAUGCCAAGAAAAGGAGCUGUUUCGGCCCCGCUGUAUAUGGCUUGGUUAGAAACUUUAACCCGUGAUAUGCCGCCGACACUUUUAAUACGAGGGAAUCAUGCUUCUGUAUUAACGUUUUACUCUUAA